CUUGCAACAUUCCAUUACCUUUUGUGUUUUUUUCCAUAAUUACAUAGACCAUUUUGUCCUUCAUCUUCCCAAUUAGAUCCCGUUUAACUGGUCUGCAAUCCUUUUUCUUUGAUCCGCAAAGAGAAUCAGUUACACUUCAAAUUAUCGAAAGGAACUUUUCCUUUUGCUUUUAUUUUAGUUAUGUUGGGGGCAGGAUUGGAAUUCAGGAGAGGUCGUGGAGAAGAUCGGUUUUACAAUCCACCCAAGGCGAGAAGAGAGAACCAGAAUCAGCAAAACGAUCAACUGUGGAGGGAUCAAGCCGAUGUUUCACCGAGUCUAUCAAAGGAUAAAUCCAAGUCUGACAAAGGGAUUGCUUCAACUGACCAUCCCAAAGCGGUUCCCAUCCCCGCUACCGAACCCAUUGUUUCUCCUUUGAGUAAUAUGGAAAGGUUUUUGGAAUCGGUCAUGCCUUCCGUCCCUGCCCUCUAUCUCUCUAAGACGACGAUGAGAGGGUGGCGGACGUGUAACAUUGAGUUUGAGCCAUAUUUCGUGUUAGGUGAUUUAUGGGAGUCGUUCAAAGAGUGGAGUGCAUAUGGAGUAGGUGUCCCACUAAUUUUGAAUGACUGUGAUUCUGUUGUUCAGUACUAUGUACCUUAUUUAUCCGGUAUUCAAAUAUACUCCGAUUCCAGGAAAAUGUCUUCCAAGUCAAGGCAACCAGGAGAGGAUAGUGAUAGUGACUUUAGGGACUCAAGCAGUGAUGGUAGUAGUGAUUGUGAACCUGAAAGAGGACCAAAUGUUUUGAGAGAAAAAAGAAAUCACAUGGCAAGUGAGAUGUCUCUUAGGAUGGAGAGAUUGUUCAUGGGAGACCAGCAGAUGCUUCAAGAAGACUUCUCUAGUGAUGAGGGUGAAUCUGUUAACUCUCGGAGUUGUUUAAUUUUUGAGUAUUUUGAACAAGACACUCCUUAUAGCCGGGAACCCUUAGCCAACAAGAUUGCAGAUCUGGCCUUCCAAUUCCCUGAGCUGAAGACACUCAGAAGCUGUGAUUUGUUGUCUUCCAGCUGGAUUUCUGUGGCAUGGUAUCCAAUUUACAGAAUACCUACUGGGCCUACAUUAAAAGAUCUAGAUGCUUGCUUUCUGACUUAUCAUUAUCUUCAUACACCGAUAGGAGGUGGACAGGCACCGGCUAUGACAUGUUCCAAUGACAUGGAUGGUCUUCCAAAGAUUUUGUUGCCUGUUUUUGGUCUUGCUUGGUACAAGUUCAAGGCUUCGUUGUGGACACCCAACGGAACAAGUGGUUGUCACUUGGCAAACCACCUCUUUCAGGCUGCUGACAGUUGGUUGAGACUUCUUGAGGUCAAUCAUCCCGAUUUCACAUUUUUCUGCCGCAGGUGAUACUCAAGAUUUCCCUGUAAUGGUAGUACGCCUAUAAAUACCAGAGGGGAAGUGCAAUCAUUACUCUAUCAAACAUCACCUACAAAUUAUAAUACCUCUGUUUGGAGGUCAAAUUCAAAAGUGCAAUCCGGGGUUAUUGUCAUUUGUAAUCAUUUGUAAAAGAACUGGGGAAAAAUGUAUGGCUCAGAAUACUUGAGGAUGAAAGUGGAGCAAAGGGUUUGCAAUAAGGCUUUAGAGGAAGUGAAUGGAGAAAGCUUCUACAAUAGAAGCUGAUGGAGAGCUGAGCAUGAGCCGAGUGUGAAGGUGGUUUGGCCUUGCUCUGUGGAUAUGUUAGUUUCAUCUGUCCUUAGUUUUGUUUUCAUUGUUUUUAUUUGAAACUAUGGAUGAGUUAAGAAAAGCAGGGCUCCUUUUUCUCCGGUGUCCUGAUGAUCAAAUUGUUUUACUUGACGACAUUAAAAGGGGAUUUUGGUAUGUUGGUUGUUUGAGCUAUCCAUCCCUCGUGUGUUUGUAAUGCUAAUUUUGACUAGUAAUUUAUAAUCUCUGAGAAAGGGUGUUUUAAGAGAAUGAAUACUAAGGAAGAUGAGUUGUUAA